AUGUCACACAGUGAAUUAUUUUAUGAAAAAUUAAUAUCAAUUUACGACAACCAAGAUAAAAAAAAACCUGAGAGUCAAGAAGACUAUGACAAAGCUCUAAACGAAAUCAAUGAUGCGAAAUUGAAUCUAGUAAUAAAUGUUAAGCAUAUUAUUUUUAAACGAAAAACUAAAACUGAAAAUAUUAUUUAUGUUGUACCAUAUGAAAACUAUUUUGAAAAAAUCGAAGAAAGUCAUAAAGCAACUGGUCAUGGUGGAAGGGAUAAAGUUGAGCAGUAUUUAAAAAAUAAAUACAAUAUUCCUCGAAUAACAAUCCAAAUAUUUAUUGAUUUGUGUACAACUUGUAACGUAAAAAAAUCAAAACCUUGUAAAGCCGUCGUUGUAAAAACAAUAUUAUCGGCAGAUUUUAAUUCAAGAGGGAAAAUUUACCUUAUUGAUUUCCAAUCAACAUCCGAUGGACAUUUUAAAUGGGUCAGGAACUAUCAGGAUCACAUAACCAAAUAUUUAUAUCUUCGACCACUUACUUCAAAACGAGCAACCGAAGUUUCACACGAACUUUUAAAAAAUUUUUUGGAACAAGGAGCACCUCAAAUACUUCAGUCUGAUAAUUUAAAAGUACAUGGGCGUCCACGGCACCCUCAGAGUCAGGGAUCUGUAGAAAGAUCAAAUCAAGAUGUUGAAAACAUGUUACGAGCUUGA